CAUCGGCAGCCCACAGUCCAUUGUGUGCUUUAGUUUCUCCUUCUCCUCGGCUUGGUCAAGGACAAAAGCAAGUAGAAUUCACAGCCGGGAUGAGCGGCGGCCUCGAGUUGUGAGCAGUGUCUAUGUCUACACAAUAAGGGACGGGAAAAAUUAGGGCUCCAGAAAGAGGCUGAUGAGAGCACACAUUUGCAAGUGUUCGUGAGUGAGGACAGAAGGCUGGUGGAGGUACUUGUGGCGAAGCUAAAGUUGAAAUAGGGAGGACAGAGUUCAGCGGAGAGGAAAUUGAUGUCGAAAGGGCGUUGAGAUACACCAUGUAAGGACGUCAUAUUUUAUUAAUAUUUUUUUAUACCUGCUGCGGUUGUCGCUGGCCAACGGAUUCUGACAGAGCUGAUGUACAGAGCAACGGGUACGGGGCAUCAAUCAGCGAAAGGACUGAUGGAGAAGUAGUGACACACUAUCAAGUAGUUUUGGUAUGUCAGCCUUCAAUAUUAAAAUAAAAAGUCUUAGUCUCUGUGAUGUGUUGAUAUUUUUUGUACUUGAGGAUCUUGUGGGUUCGAAAAAAAAUGUUCAACGGAAAAUUUGUCAGCUUUAUUUUGUGGUACGUGUGUCUGAGCAACGAAUUUGACAUUACGGGAGUGGAGGUUUAAUUAACCUGGUGAUAAUAAAGGGCCAUCAGAAUAGGCAGGAAUAGGGAAAAUAGCAGCCGCGGAGGCAGAAAACAAAGAGGCGGAAUGACGAGGCCUCCUAACAAUGAUAAUCUUAUGACGUUUAAGUUGGUGGUGGUUGGAGAUGGAGGUGUCGGAAAAAGUGCUUUGACAAUACAGUUUUUCCAGAAGCUCUUCGUCACCGACUAUGACCCCACCAUCGAGGACAGCUACAUCCAGCACACUGAAGUCGACAAGCAGUGGUGCAUUUUGGAUGUGCUGGAUACUGCAGGCCAAGAAGAGUUCAGUGCAAUGAGAGAACAAUACAUGAGAAAAGGAGAUGGGUUUUUAUUGGUGUACUCCGUAACUGACAAACAGUCGUACGAAAAUAUUGUUAAUUUUUAUACUCAGAUACUUCGAGUCAAAGACAGAGAUGUGUAUCCCAUGCUGCUGGUGGCCAACAAAGUUGAUCUUGUUCACUUGAGAAAAGUUACUGAGGAACAGGGCCGAGAAUUGGCACAUCGUUUGGGGAUUCCGUACAUUGAAACAUCAGCGAAAGAUCCUCCGCUAAAUGUCGAUGCGGCUUUUCAUGAGGUCGUACGAAUUAUACGGAACCAGCCGCCCACGGACUUUGAUAAGAAACGCCGGAAACGACGACGUUCCAGCAAGUGCAAUGUACUGUGAGCCUGAAUUACGAUACUUAAUACUAAGUACUAAGUAUGUUUAAUCAACGAGUCAAAUUAUUUACUGUUCAGCUUGAAUUCAUUUAUUUUUUCCACAACGACUUUUUUAAUUUCAUUUUAAAAGUUCAGCAAAGGUAUUUUUAAAAAUUAUUACUAUACUGCCUGAUGGAAAUAUCCAUGAUUAAUUACGAUUAUUAUUUAAGUUUGCUACUGAAUGAAAACAAACGUGAUUUUGUUUGUUAAUUAUUAUUGUUUAAAUUUUUGAAUUAUUUAAAAGCAAACUCUAAUGGACGAAAUCUAGAUCAUAUUUACAGAUUUUUAAAUAAUCGAUCUAUUGUAAUAACAAUCGUUUUCUUAAAAAUUAAUUGGUAAAAAAAAAAUGAUAAAUUAAAUUAUUUGAACGAAUUAGUGAAAUUAAAUUGGAUCGACAGCGCACAUCUGAAUAUAUGUAUGUAUAUUUAUUGCAGUAUUUUAUCUCGAAUCUCGAUGAUACUAUUUAUACCAUUGACACAUUGUGGAAUUGAUCGUUUAUAAAUUCAGUGAAAUUAAAUAUUUUCACAUGAAUAUAAAGCUUUUUUCAAUGAUAAAUUUUGUCAUAAAAUGACUAUAAUAAUUUUUAUAAUGAGAGAUUUUAAAAAAAAAUAUUUAAAAUGUCUUUUAGAGUAAAAAAAAAAAAAAAACAAAAAUAAGAAAAAAAAAUUCAAUUGAUUGUUAAAAUUAAUUAGAUAAUUAAUUAAUAUUAUUUAGUUCCACGCAGAAAAAAAGAUUUCCUGGCGCAAGUUUAAAUUUUUGCGACAAAAAAUCCUUUUAUUUUGUACGGGGCUACAUAUUGAGGUACCUUAUAUAUAUAUAUUUCUGCAUGUGUUCUAUUUUUACUUUAAUAUUAAUAAAUAUUUUUGUAAUCCGCGGAUAAAUAUUUAAUUUAAAUAAAAGACUUUUAUUUAAAUUAAUUCUCAACGCACAAACGAGUUGUAGAAAAUAAUUUUAUCCAUAGACUUAACAUUUCAUUUAAAUUAUAAAUGAAAUGUCGGUAAUUAUCAGUUAAAAAAAAAUUUAUGUCUUUAUCAAACUUAAAUUUUCUCAACGUAUUAUAUAUUUGUAUAUAUUAAAUGUGAAUAAAUGCCAACGCUCAUAAAAUAUAAACCAGAUUUGAAAAUUUUCUGUAUUAUGGUUUAAAUAAUCGAUUAAUAAUUCAAUAAUUUUUGAAUUUAAAAAUUCAUUUAAAAAAAUUUUACUGAAAAGAUUAGAAGUACUGUUUGAAUGCGACAAUAAUCGGUUCCACGUGAGCCUUUUCCAAAAAUAUAAAAGACGAAUAGCAUUUUAAAUCAGCGAUUUAACUUUUAAUUUAAACAUAAUUUAUAAUUAAUCAACAAACGAAAUUAAAAAUUGAGUACCUAUUCGUAAGCACAUCGAAACUCAGGGCUCACUUAAUUAAAAUGCUUAAUUAAAAAUAGCUUAUUUAAUUAUAAUAAAUUUGCUGUAAAUUAUGCAUCGAAAUUUGGCAAUGAAAAAAAAAAAAAAAAAAAAAUUUGCCUUGAAAUAAAACGAGAGAAAAAAGUUUAAGUAUUUAAUUAUAAAAAAAGUAAAUAUUAAAUUAUUGUGAUCUCACUCUUUCAUUGGUAUUUGUAACAAUAGUAACAAUGAUGAUUAUUAUUUUUUAGCUUAAAUAUAUUUAUUAUAAAUAAUAAAUAAAUAUAUAAGUUAACAGUAGCCACAGCUGUGAUAAUAAUUAUUUGCCAGCUGCCGACUUUAAAAUUAUUUUGAAAACACUCUGAUAUCGAAAAUAACAAAGCGAUUCAAAUAUAUGUAUACAUCUAUAUAUAUGUAAUCGCAUUUAUUUAAGGGCAUUCUCAGACAAUACAAGAUUUAAAUGUAUAAUAAUUUAGCGACUCAACCUCCAGUUUCAAAUUUCGCCGACAAAAUAAUAAAAAUUUGUACGUUUUAAAAUUUAUUUCUUAAAUUGUCUUUAUUCCUAAUUGAUAAUAAUUGUGUUAUUUUUUUUCAAAUCUAUAUCUCGACAAUUUAACUCUGUCCUUUUAUCAAUAAAUGCUUUAUUUUUUUUUAAUUAAUUAAUGAAAUUUUAAUCAUAAAAUGAAAACUAAACUUUUUUUCAGACUAGAAAAAAUUUUUUCUGUGUGAGAAUGCCCUUAAAUCAUAUAAAUAUAAUAUUAAUAAUAAAUUAUCGUUGCACAUAUAUAUACCUAUAUUUUUUAAACAAAAAUUACAAAUGACAAAAAAUAUUUAUGAUAAAUAAUAACGAUAUGUACUACAAUAUUAUUGAAAUAAUUAAUAAUAAUAAUUAUAUGUAUGUAUAAUGUGUAAAUGUAUCAAGUAUCGCUCAGAUAAUUUAUAUCAAUUUAAUUGGCCAAUAUUGUAUCAGUUAUUGAAAAAAUAAUAUCACAGCCAAUGAAUUAUAGAUAUUAAUUGUUAAAUUUAAAACGAAAAUUAUAAUUGAUUAAGUGGUGAAAUUUUUGUUCGGUAAUUGCUGUUGAUAAUUGGAAUUUAAAAUAAAUAUAUUAAUUAAACAAAUUUUUGUAUUGCCGUCCAGAUUAAGAUGUUA